AUGUCAAUCACUGCAAACUCCAUGAUUAUAUUUAUAAUCUUAUCGCACAGGGCUUUGCAUUCUCCAAUGUACCUGCUGAUUUGUGUGAUGGCUUUUGUUGAUUUGGUUAUACCAAUAUUCUUUGUUCCAAAUAUGCUCUUUAAUCUCCUGUUUAACUGGAACCAUAUAUCUCUGAUGGGUUGCCUGGUUCAGAUGUUCUGCAUUCAUUUCUUUGCAUCAGUGCAGACUACUAUCUUGCUGUGGAUGGCCCUGGAUCGUUUCUACGCCAUCUGCACUCCACUCCAUUACAAUGAACACAUGAGAAUCUCUGCAUUCCUGAAAUUUGUAAUUAUACCGAUGCUCAGAAAUGCAGUUUUCAUUUCAGCAAUAGUUGGCCUGGCUCGAUCUUUGUCAUACUGCCAGUCCAACGAGAUUAAGCACUGCUUCUGUGAACACAUGGCAUUGGUCACCCUUGCAUGUGGUCCCAUAUAUGUUAACAGUGUUGUAGGACUAUGUGGUGUUUUUUUCAUCUCAACAGCUGAUAUCCUUUUAAUUGCUCUUUCAUAUGUUAGAAUAUUUGUCUCUCUGUUUAAAUCAGGCAAAUCCAGUCAAAAAGCAUUCAGUACAUGCAUCACUCAUAUUAUUGUCAACUUGUCUUUCUACCUGGUAGGGAGCAUUACAUUUCUAUCACAUAACAUCAGCAUUGACAUUGCAACAGACAUUAACAUCUUUUUAGGUAUAGGUAUACUGUACAUAAUUUUUCCUGAUACUGUGAACCCCAUUAUUUGA